AUGGCCCUGAAAAGAAUUCAGAAAGUGAGUUUUUGAAAUAAAGUUUCUUGAAGCUAUAUAACUCGACAAAUUAAUUCAACCUUCUACAGGAACUGCAAGAUCUUGGACGGGACCCUCCUGCUCAAUGCUCUGCAGGACCUGUAGGUGAUGAUCUCUUCCACUGGCAGGCUACUAUUAUGGGACCUCCUGAAUCUCCCUACCAAGGCGGCGUUUUCUUUCUUACCAUACACUUUCCCACGGAUUACCCAUUCAAACCACCAAAGGUUUUUUUUGAAUAUCUUAAAUUUUUUUUUCAAUCAAAAAUUGUUUUCUUACAGGUCGCUUUCACAACACGUAUUUAUCAUCCUAAUAUCAACUCUAACGGAAGUAUUUGUCUCGAUAUUCUUCGAUCACAGUGGUCGCCGGCGCUCACGAUCUCAAAAGGUUUUUUAUCAUUUAAGAGAGGAAAUUAUUUUUCUUGUUUCGUAUUAAAUUAAAAGAAAAAUAAGACAGUGAAGCUUUUUUAGUUUAAGCUCGAAGAAAAUGAAUCAUUUAAAAUUUUUCGAGAAGAUCUUCAUGAUAUUUUUUUUCUCAGGAAAACUUUUUAAAAAUUUAGUAAGGAUUUUUCUGAACCGACGGUUUAGUACUUUACGAACUUCAAAAUAUUUUUCUAGCGAAAGUUUUUUUUUACAUUUCUAGCUGUAGUUUUAUCAAUCCCUUUAAGCGAAUUCGUAAAGAUUUGCUUUGGAGCGAAAAAAAAACUUUAGAAUUCUUUCUUUGUGAGUUUUGUGUGGAAACCGAAAGUUUUUUAAAGCCCAACGUGAAAUAAACGUGUAAGGAAUUAUGUAGCUACAAACAUAUAUCGUUCAGAAAAAUUAAUGAAAAAACUUCUGAAUUUUUCAAUUUUAGUCCUCUUAUCGAUCUGCUCGCUGUUGUGCGAUCCCAACCCAGAUGAUCCGCUGGUUCCUGAGAUCGCCCGCAUUUACAAAACUGAUCGGGACAGGUUGCUUUCGCGGUUUUUUCUUUUUAAUGCAAUCGUGAAAUCUAGAUACAACCAACUGGCAAGGGAGUGGACUCAGAAGUACGCUAUGUGA